AGGGAGGGGGCGAGCUGAGCAGAGCAGGGCAGGGCAGAGACCGGCGUUUACUUUGACUCGGAGUCCAAUCGUCCCUUCCGCCGAGCAUAGCAUAACUCCCGCGCACCGCCGAACAGCUCCAGGGCAUCGCUUCUACGCUCGGGGGGAGGGCUCUCAGGUGUUUUCUUCCGGCGCCUAUGAAAUCCGAACGCCUUUGAAAAGUCCGGGGAGGGGAAUCGGGAAUCCGCCGGUCCUCGGGGACGGCCCGAUCUCUCGGGGGCUUUUCUUCGGACCCGUCGGAAAAGCUCCCCCCCGGCCCGCGCCCCCCGGCCCGGCGACGCUUCCGCCGGAUAUGGAGGGAGGCAGGCGCGGGAGCCAGCGGGACGGCGAGUUCGGAUUGGGCGCGAGCGAUCGCAGGCUCGCCUACUCGUUCCGCCAGCCCUGGGAGCCCCGCACCCCGAUCGCCGUCCAUCACGACGGUCCGGCGCAGCCCUUGCUGUCGCGGAGCACCUCGAGCGUCGAUAUACCCGCGGGGUUUCGUCCGUUGGGCUUGGGCGUGGGCGAGGGCGCGGGCGAGGUCGGAGGAGAGGGGAAGGGGUCGAGUCGGCGGGCGAGCCCGUGGCUUCUGGUGGCGUCCUUCUUCACCGUCGCGAGGUCUGGGAAUAGGUACAUGAAGAGGCUGUUUUGGUUGAUUUCGCUCAACGUGGCGUAUUCGACAGCCGAAUUGGUUAUCGGACUCUUCACGGGCCGCGUAGGUUUGGUUUCCGAUGCAUUUCAUCUGACGUUUGGCUGUGGACUCUUAACCUUUUCGUUGUUUGCAAUGGAUGUAUCUCGCAAGAAGCCCGACAGAUAUUACACUUACGGGUACAAGAGGCUAGAAGUUUUGUCUGCAUUUACCAAUGCCCUCUUUCUUUUGUUCAUGUCAUUUUCCCUUGCUGUGGAAGCCCUUCAUGCCUUCAUCCAAGAUGAAUCUGAGCACAAGCACUACUUGAUAGUUUCAGCGGUUACCAACUUAUCGGUGAAUCUUAUUGGCGUUUGGUUUUUCAGGAACUAUGCUCGUAUUAAUAUAGUGUAUAGAAAAGCUGAAGACAUGAAUUACCACUCAGUUUGCCUGCAUGUUCUUGCAGAUUCCAUUCGCAGUGCAGGUUUGAUACUUGCAUCCUGGUUACUGUCCAUUGGGGUUCAGAAUGCAGAGGUUCUUUGUUUGGGAUUAGUUUCAGUGGCAGUCUUUAUGCUUGUUAUGCCACUCUUUAAAGCGAGUGGGGGUAUAUUGCUCCAAAUGGCUCCACCUAGUAUGCCAACUUCAGCAUUGAGCAAAUGCUGCAGACAGAUUACUGCUCGAGAAGAUGUAAAAGAGAUAUCUCAGGCUCGUUUCUGGGAAUUGGUUCCUGGUCAUGUCAUUGGCUCACUUUCGGUACAGGUGAAGAAUGGCAUGAGUGAUCAAUCAUUAAUCCAGUUUGUCCAUGGUUUGUAUCAUGAUUUGGGUAUUCAAGACUUGACAGUGCAAGUAGAUGAUGUCUGAGCUGAUCUUUUUGUUGCUUAAUUCAACGGUUAGUAUUUGAGACUGUCAAUGUGUCUGCAUUACAUGGAUCUGCUUUCGCGCUUGUCAUCAAUGACAGCUGGAUAGUUGUAUUAUUACAGUGGCAUUUAAUUGUUUCCCGUUUAAGAGUGGCCCCUCCAGUCAUCCGGGUCAAGUCUUUUAUGCCCGAUCCUUAGGCAAUGAACUUAUUGGGGGGAGUAUUGCGAGAAA